UCAAAAAAUGCUGGUGGGUGUCUCAAGAAGCACCUCUGACCCUUUCCUUCUUUACCUGCCCCCAGGUCCCAUCAUGUCGGGUGCUCCUGCCCUGAUGCAGGGCAUGUACCAGGAUCUGUCCUGCCCGCUCUGCCUCAAGCUCUUUGAUGCACCCAUCACAGCUGAGUGUGGCCACAGCUUCUGCCGCAAUUGCCUGCUUCGCCUGGUUCCGGAUCCUCAGGCUGGGACUGUGCUCUGCCCUUCCUGCCAGGCACCCACAAAACCCGAUGGGCUCAGUACCAACCAACAGCUGGCACGGUUAGUGGAGAGCCUGGCUCAGGUGCCACAGGGCCAUUGUGAGGAACAUCUAGACCCCCUGAGUGUCUACUGUGAGCAGGACCGGGCACUGAUAUGCGGAGUGUGUGCCUCUCUGGGCAAGCACCGAGGUCACAGUGUGGUCACUGCUGCUGAGGCCCACCAGAGGAUGAAGAAGCAACUCCCACAACAGAGGCUGCAGCUACAGGAGGCCUGCAUGCGCAAAGAGAAGACUGUAGCCCUGUUGGAUCGGCAACUGGCUGAGGUGGAGGAGACAGUACGGCAGUUCCAGCGGGCUGUGGGGGAGCAGCUUGGUGUGAUACGGGCCUUUCUGAUAGCACUGGAGUCUUCCCUGAGCAAAGAGGCAGAGCGAGUGACCGAAGAGGCAGGGGAAGCCCUGAAGACUGAACGCAGAAUUGUCACUUCCUACCUUGAUCAGCUUCAGCAGAUGGAGAAGGUGUUGGAUGAAGUCACUGAUCAGCCCCAAACGGAAUUCCUCAGGAAAUACUGCCUGGUGAUCAGCAGGUUGCAGAAGAUCCUGGCAGAGUCACCCCCAGCUGCUAGAUUGGACAUCCAGUUGCCCAUUAUCUCUCAUGACUUCAAAUUCCAGGUCUGGAGGAAGAUGUUCCGGGCUCUGAUGCCAGCCCCGGCAGGUCUCACCUUUGACCCAGCCACUGCCCAUCCCAGCCUGCUGGUAUCCCCAUCCGGACGGCGGGUGGAGUGCGUGGAGCAGAAAGCGCCGCCGGCAGGGGAUGACCCGCAGCAGUUCGACAAAGCGGUGGCUCUGGUAGCCAAGCAGCAGCUGUCGGAGGGCGAGCAUUACUGGGAGGUGGAGGUGGGCGACAAACCCCGCUGGGGACUGGGGCUGAUCUCCGCCGAGGUCAACCGUCGGGGCAAGCUGCACCCCAUCCCCUCUCAGGGCUUCUGGAUGCUGGGGCUGCGAGAAGGAAAGGUGUACGAGGCCCACGUGGAGAGCAAGGAGCCCAAGGUGCUCAAGGUGGAUGGGCGAGCCUCGAGGAUCGGCCUCUAUCUCAGCUUCCAGGACGGAGUCUUCAGCUUCUACGAUUCCAGCGACCCAGACAACCUGGUCCCUCUUUACUCCUUUCACGAGCGUCUGCCUGGCCCCGUCUACCCUUUCUUCGACGUCUGCUGGCACGACAAGGGCAAGAAUAUACAGCCCCUAAUGCUGCUCGGGCCAGAAGGGGAGCAGUGAGGACAGAUCCGGAGGAGGAGGAGGGGACGGAUCGUGGGGGCAGUCUGCUAGUCAGUCAGCAAGCGUUUUAUUCAGUACUUACUGCGUGCCAGUCGGGAUAAGGUAGGAGGAGUGAGUGAGCAGUUCUAAGGUUUGGAAGUCCUGGUUAAUAAA